UUGUCCUUUCAGGGGUUGUUUCCCUUCAGAAAAGUUCCGGACAAUAAGCUGAAGGAAAACAAACAAUUCGUGAAGCAGGCCAGCAUCUUCGCCGACUUCAUCAACUCGGUCGUUCAGGCGGUCAGAAUUGAUAAUGUGGUCGUUUUGAAUAACUUAUGUCAGAACGUCGGCGCCUCUCACUACUACUUGAUUGGAGGCGACUUCAAGUACGAAUGGUGGCUGCUGUUCUCGUCGUCCGUGCUGGACUGCCUACGGGAAUACUGCGAGCUUCGCGGCCUCCUACGCUGUUUUAACGCUUGCGUUUCAACCAAAAUAUUGAACGCGUGGAAAGUGCUUCUACGCUAUGUAGUAAACGCGAUGAUCGCCAGCUUCUGCAACGCGCGAUCGACCAGUAGUGGCAACAGCAAGACCAAACAACACUCAUCGCUUCGUCAAGAGCACACAGUUGGCAAGGAAACGUUCAACCAGAACUUCAGUGAAGUAGGCAAAAGUUUUCAUUCGAAGAAGAUCGGUAUUACAGCUGAUUAG